GGGCUGCUUGCUGCCGCUUGAAGCGAGAGGAGUGAGCCGGUUUCCCAGAGCCGGAGAUGAUCCCCGGCCGAGCGAGCGCCACGGUGAGCCGGGCUGCGCGGAGCGGGCGGCAGAUGGCAGCCAGAAGUCCGUCUCGUCUUCCACGUGAAGCCGCCUGAAGGGCGAAUGACGGCGGCGGCUCAACUGACGAUCUCAUCCCGUUGAAAGCGCUUCCGAGAGGGACACCCCCCCCCCCCCCCCUCCCUCCCUCCAGCCUCCCUUCCCCUCGGCACUUUCUCCAUGGCGUCUCCGCAACAGUCCAGGAUUCAGUCCUAUCUUGAGAGGAACAAAAUUGGACCGUUGUUUGAGGAGUUGAUGACUAAACUGAUAAGCGAGACCCCCGACCAUCCCAUCCCUUUCCUCAUCGACCACCUCCAGAGCAAACAGGACAGCCCGGGAAAGAUGCACCCAGCGCUGUCCGGAUCGGCAGCGCUGUGGGCCCAGAGCUCCCCGGAAAGUAAAAACACUCGACGGGAGUUGCGCCACUACGACAAGCCUUGGCAAAAUUACCCCAGGAAACCCAAGAAGUCCAAAAGUGACCUGGCCGUGUCCAGCUUGUCGCCUCCCUCGCCGGAAUCCAAGUUGUUGCCUCAGUGUCCGUCGUGGGAUUGGAGGGACAGCCGCGACUUGGACGAGCUCAACCACAUCCUGCUGGAGAGCAAGAAGCUGGGCCGGGCCCUGGAGAGCCUUUCUCGCAGCAUUGCCACCUCUGAUGACAUCGAUCAGAAUUUGGGAGGCUUCAACCCGGUGCUGCGCCCCCGAGUGGUGGGCGAGUGGACGGGUCGGGCCGAGGAGGACGCCGACCCGCUGGCCGCCGAGAUGCUGCGGCCCCCCGUCCCACGCAGGAAAAACCGCGUCUGCUGGAGCGGCGACGGCCUUCCCGUCGCCAGUGUCCAGACGGCCGGCAAAGGCAGCAAAGGGCCGAAGGAGCUGCAGCAGCAUCACAAGAAGCUCCUGGCCGCCAUGUUGGCGCAGAACUCGUCGGAACGGCUCGGCAGUCCCGCUCCGUCCGUCACCGAAGACGACGUGGAGGAGGAGGACGACGACGCCGUGGAGCUUCUGGAGGACCUGGAUGACCUGCGCAUGGAAGGCGUGAGCGGGUUGGUUCCGUCCGGCUGUAAAUUCAGUCAAGGGCGCAGCUCCUACCAUGCGGAACCUCAGGCCAAAGUCACGCUCAACAUCUGUUCUCGAUGUGCCAGGUUGCAGGGCGACAGCGUAGCCGCCAGCGGAUCCCAAGAAGCCCUGCGCCCUCACGCAUCCGAACAAGCCGCGCCCGACAUCUCAUCCACGUUGCCCGAGGUGGACACUUUGGCGGCGACGGCGGCGGGACGGUUGCAGGAAUGUGAGGCGCCGUCUCAAGUGUCCAGCUCUCGUCAGCCUGUCUGGGAGGCUGAUCUCAAAGCUAAGAGGACUGGUGGUCUGCUGUUGGGGGACCCCCUCUUCUCCAAGGAGCUGGAGAGCAUGGGCAAGCAGCUCGCUGAGGUCGAGAAGGACUUGGCCAAGCUGGCAGAAGCGGGGAAGAUGAGCAGUCGGAACAACCCACACAGUCUCCACCACGGUCCUCUCGUCCACCGGACCCUGCCCGACACGCUGCCCCUUACCAGCCUCCUCUGCAGCCCCCACUCGCCGGGCGGCGGCGGCCUCUUGAGCAAGGCGUGCGGCGCGGGCCUCCCCCUCCUCAGCCCCAGGUCGGCCGCCUCGCGGCCGGGCGGUCGCACCGUCAGCAACCCCGGCAGCAGGACGCAGACGCCCGGUACACCCGGGAUGCCCGGCGGCAGGACGCUCUUCACGCCCACUGGGCUGCGCUCUGGCUUCAACCCUCACAAGGAGGUGACGUUCAGGAGGUCCCGGAGCCGCCCGGUGACGCCCACCGGACAGCCCGCGCGCACCCGACGGUUGCUCACGCCACCCGGGCUCAGCACCACCGACAGCCUGGGGGCCAGCCUGAGGGCUUAUCUGUCUGAGGAUGAGUUCUACCAGCAGUUGCAGGCCAUCCGGCAGCCUUGGCGCAUCCCCAGUGACACCGACAGCGACAUCAUGGAGCCGCCCGAGCAGGACAAAAGUGCCAGCAUGAGAUCCGUCUUUUCAGGUGCUGCCCACAGUUUGCAGUGUGCCAGCCUGGAAGGAGAUGUGAGAGGAGGCUGCCGCUUGGCUAUCAGAAGAAGGCACUCCCGCCCCUCCCCGGCCUCCCUGUCGCCACGGCAACCCACCUCAAGCCAAAGCCUCGUUCAUCUAUCAAAAUUAUCUUCGCCAAUUGCCCAGUGUUUGCUGCUGUGCGGAUAGAACUGCAAUGCAACAUACACCGGUGCCUUGAAUUUAUAAUCUCCUCUAACAUUUUGCUGUAUUUUCCAGUAUUUCAUUUUUUUAUAUUUAGUGACUACUGUAGUCAUUCCCGCGCUGGCUCACUUGGAGGCGCACCGAAAAUAACGUAGCGGAAAUGACGCAUUUUACAGAGCAGUCGGUGGCGCGCGGCCCCUUUGUCAACACGUCUUUCCGAAGACGUCUGUUUGCCUGUUUUUGUAUUUUGUGUAUUGAAUGUUCAGUAAAGAUUAUUUUAAAAAGAGGACCCGACAAGGCAACGGAUAUUUAAACACAAAUGGUGGAGCAACACGUAAACUCGAGCCGGGACACUUGUAAGGCAAGGUACCACUGUAUUAUCUUCAAAGUUAUGAUUCUCCAAUUUUUCUGUCCCAUUUUCAGGCCUAUGAAGACGGCGAAGAUCCCGUUCGAUAUUUAUGCAAGCCGCCGGACAUUUUAAACAAAUUACGUUAUUUUUAUAAGUCCUAUGAAUGAGAUUGUAUGUUUUUUUUUUUCCACCAAUAUUUCAUAGACUGUUACUAUAUGAUAUUUUUAUUUUUUGUUUGCUCUUUAGCAUGCUAUGGGACUCCAUGCAUGGGUGCAUUUUGUGGUUUGAAAACGUCUUCCAAGGCAGUGCCAGGGGGAAAUUUGUUACGCAUCCAAACAAGCUAAUGCCACUUGAUGCCAACAGGGGGGCACUGUAAUGUUGGAGUGCUAAGAAAAACAUUUGCAUAUGCUUGGAUUCUACUCAUUGGGUACAUUAAAAGAAAUGAAACGCAAAUACCUCACUUCCAAUAGUUUUGAUUAUUUAGAAAAGUCAACUAAUUGAACUGGAUUCCAAAAGAAAUAAUAACUGGCAUCGUUCAUGCAGGUGUGUCAACUGCGUAGACGCUUCAAUUCAAAGAAACAUCUGGUCUGCUCUGCAGUUGAGUCAAUACAUUUCCCCGGCGACUUGGGUUAGCAUUAGCUUGUUCGCUCGGCUUCAAUUGAUCCCGAAAUGAUAUGCGCUCUGAAAGAUGUUUUCAAACAUGUUGUGGAGGAAACUACAGGAAUGCUGGUAUGUUAAUAAAACG